AUGAUUAGGCAUAGGCGGCCCGGAAGAUUGCCCGCCGCACGCCGCGGACCACGCGCCCCACGCGUGAAUCGCCGCACGAUCAUCGAGCUACAUCUAGAAGUGCUCAACGAAUGUGAAGCGACCGAGUGGGAACACGUCAAAGACGACUAUUGGCAGAUUGUCGUGCAGGCGUUUGCGCAGGAUUUGCUGCGGGACGACGACACGACUAACAGUAUCUUGGGUGUUUCUACGUCACACCAGGCUUUAUCAGGGCACAAUGUUUCAUCCACCCUCGAUCCACCCACUGACUCCGCCGGCACAGAUCCAUGUCCACCGAAUGCACAUGACUCCGAUCCAUGGCGUUGUAUGGAAUCCAUACAGUUAGCAACGGACACUUCUGCAUCUAACGAAGAUGAUCCAUGGAAUUGUAUGGAACACAUACAGUUAGCAACGGACCCUUGUCCACCACAUGACCCCGAUCCAUGGAGUUGUAUGGAACACGUACAGUCCGCAACGGACCCUUGUGCACCGCAUGAACACGACCCCGAUCCAUGGCGUUGUAUGGAAACCAUACAGUUAGAAACGGGCCCUUGUCCACCUAAUGACUGCGCUUCAUGCAGUUGUAUGGAACACGUACAGUCCGCAACGGACCCAUGUCCACCUAACACAGACGACCCCGAUGCAUGGAGUUGUAUGGAAACCAUACAGUUAGAACAACAAGAGACUCCUUCUUCCCCUCCAUCCCCUUACCCGGGGAAUGAAAAACGGGCCCCCGACCACACUAAUUGGAUUAACUGGAUUCACCGCAACAAACAUAUUCUGCGGGCGUGCACGACGCAGCCGUGGUUUCUGCAAUUAACAGCGGAUUGGAAACAAUACCUGCGCGAGCACAUGUCGGCAAACGCGGCUAACGCAGUAUCCGGGCGGCGUGACUUCGGUGCAGCCGCAACCAUGGACAGCAAGAAGCACGCAUGGAAAGAAUGCGUUGCAACACAACAUGACCUUAUGAAUACAUAUAGUGAGGAGGAGUGGUUUCAACAUUUGUUGAAUAAUGUAGAGGAGGACACGGUUACGGCAACAGGCGACAUACCUGGCGUGGGAAACGACUUAGAAGUGGACAAAGUAACGGCAGCAGCAAAUAUGCUACGAGUGAGCGAUGUACCACGCCGGCAACUGCUGCAGCAGCCAGCUCAUAUGACAAAACCGUUAACCGCUCAAACAUGGAUACUGAUCCUCGCAUUAGUCAUAGAACAGUGCGAGGUUGACAGCCGUUUGCAGCAGACGGAGUUAUAUGUAGAUGAUCUAUUGCAGCAACUGUGA